AUGCUUUGCGCGAAGCACCUGAUAAUCAAAGAUGGCGGCGGUGUUUGUGAUGUCCAUGGUUUUGUGAACUUUGGUACUUUGGUGUAAACUGGCCUCCAUUAGUGCACCUGCAGCAGGCCGGGUGUGGAGUUAGAGGACCGUGUUUAUCGCUGCUUGUUUGUGCAGCUUGUCACCCGCGGGUUGUUGUUGUUGUUGUUUCCGGAUCUGUCAGACGUUCAGGAACCGUCAGGAAGUGUCGGGGGAAGCGGCUCAGACAUGAAGCAGGCUCUGACCCUGCUCCACAGACAGAGCGCACACCCGGACUCCCGCUGCUGGUUCGUCAGCUGGAGCCCGUCAGGGACGCUGCUGGCCUCGUGUGGCGGGGACAAGGCCAUCCGGAUAUGGGGACGAGAGGGUGACUCUUGGAUUUGUAAGACUGUGCUUCAGGAUGGGCACCAGCGCACCGUGAGGAAGGUGGCCUGGUCUCCCUGUGGAAAUUAUCUGGCAUCUGCCAGCUUCGAUGCGACCACAUGCAUCUGGAAAAAGAAGGACAAUGACUUUGAGAGUCUGACUGUGUUGGAAGGACAUGAAAAUGAGGUGAAAUGUGUGGCGUGGGCUCCUUCAGGGAACCUGCUGGCGACAUGUAGCAGAGACAAGAGCGUCUGGGUCUGGGAAGUGGAUGAAGAAGACGAGUACGAGUGCGUUACUGUCGUGAACUCUCACACACAAGAUGUCAAGCACGUUGUGUGGCACCCGACCCAGGAGCUCCUGGCUUCAGCCAGCUACGACAACAACAUCUGCAUUUACAGGGAGGAAGACGAUGACUGGGAGUGUCGGGCGACCCUGACGGGACACACAUCCACAGUGUGGGGUUUGGCUUUUGAUGGGACUGGACAGAGACUGGCUUCCUCCAGCGAUGACCGCACUGUCAAGAUUUGGAAAGAGUUUCCAAAUGAAGCUGGACAGGGAGACUCGUCUUGGAAAUGUAUUUGCACUCUGUCCGGGUACCAUGCACGAACAGUGUAUGACAUUGCCUGGUGUCGGCUGACCGGUGCCCUGGCAACUGCCAGCGGUGACGACGCAGUGCGAGUUUUCAAGGAGGAUGAGUCGGCUGAUCCUGACCAGCCGGUGUUCUCGCUGGCUGCUCAGGUCACCAAGGCUCACGAUCAGGAUGUCAACUGUGUGGCCUGGAACCCGAAGGAGGCGGGACUGCUGGCCACCUGCAGUGAUGAUGGAGACUUCGCCAUCUGGAGGUUCCAGGAGGAAGAGUGAAUGUGUUUCUCACUGAACAAAACCAAGUUACAACGGGGAGCGUUGUUGUCCGGUCAACUUUUACAGCUCAUCUGAGCUCAGCAGUAUAACCACAUCACCUAUCAUGUCUAUUUUAUAACUGUCCAAUUGAGAAAUUAUUCAUUCAUGAUGUUUAUAUAAAUAAAUUUAAAACAUAAAACAA